UUUAGCCCAAUUUGAGGCUGAGAUCAUUAUACAGCUCAUGGGUUGACGCGUGAUUGACUUGAGAAAAAUUAGUUUAUUAUGUCUUGCAUUUUACAAGCAUAUAGUAUACAACAGACCUGACCACACAUUGCUACUUCUAAACUAUCUCAACAAUGGCUCAUUCCUUCUUACAUAAACUCUGCAUGAUUUUAUUUAUCUUAAAGUAUUCUGCAUUUGCUCAAGACAGCGGCAUCAUAUCUGUAGGCUCGUCUCUCACAGCUGGAGACAACGCAAACUCAUGGCAUUCGCCUUCUGGUGAAUUUGCACUCGGGUUUAAGAAAGUUGGAGAAAAUGAUCAGUUUUUGCUGUCCAUUUGGUAUGACAAAAUUCCUGACAAGACCAUGGUCUGGUUUGUAAAUGAUGGAACUACUGUCCCUGCUGGAUCUAAAGUGCAGCUCACUGCUGAUCGCGGAUUAGUCCUCAGUGAUUCUCGAGCCAAAGACUUAUGGUCAUCCUCUUCAAUUUCUGGUACAGCAGCUAAUGCUGUUCUGAAUGAUACUGGGAAUUUUGUAAUUCUUGGUAGUGAUUCAACAAAGGUAUGGGAUAGUUUUAGCAAUCCAAGUGAUACCCUUUUGCCUACACAGACUUUGGACAAUGGUGGUGUGCUUUAUUCAAAACGAAGUGAGUCGAACUUUUCCCGAGGAAGGUUUCAGCUUCGAUUGCUUCAAGAUGGAAAUCUUGUCCUUAAUUUAAGAGAUAUACCUUCAAAUAAUGCAUAUGAUGCCUACUAUACCAGUGGGACUUAUGAUCGUUCCAACGCCAGCAAUUCCGGAGUCCAGGUGAGGUUUAAUCAGACAGGGAACAUGUAUAUUGUGCGGAGAAAUGGUGGAAUAUUUAAUCUCAAUACGGAAGCAGCUCAGAGUUCAGGGUCCUAUUAUAGAGCUACUCUAGAAUUUGAUGGAGUUUUUGUUCUAUAUUCUCACCCUAAAGUAUUUACUGGAAGCCCUAACUGGACUGCUGUCUGGUCUCAGCCAGAAAACAUUUGUUUUAACCUUCAAACAGAAAAAGGCAGCGGAGCUUGUGGAUUCAACAGUAUUUGCAGCAGAGUUGACGAUUCUGGAAGGCCAACCUGUGAAUGCCCAAAGAGCUAUUCCUUAAUUGAUCCAGCUGAUAAGUAUGGUAGCUGCAAGCCAAGUUUCUUGGAGAGCUGUGAAAAUGAAGGGCCAAGUUCGAAAGAAGAGUUAUAUGAUUUUUGGGAGCUUUCGGAUACUGAUUGGCCAACAUCUGAUUAUGAGCAGCUAACGCCUGCAACUCAACCAGAUUGUAGAAAGUAUUGCCUAAAUGAUUGCUUGUGUGCAGUUGCAAUUUUUAGAGAAAGUAGUUGUUGGAAAAAGAAACUACCGCUUUCAAAUGGGAGGAAGAGUAUAUCUAAACCAGAAGUUGCUGGAACGGCUUUCAUAAAAUAUAGGAAAGGUGAUCUUCCUCCUGCAGCUUGUCCUACUGAACGUAAGAAAGAUCAAGGUAUGUUAACCACUGCUGGUUCAGUUCUAUUAGGCAGUUCAGUAUUUUUAAAUGUUAUACUAGUUGCUGCUGUUUUCUUGGGAUACUUCUGCGUAUACAGCAAGAAGACUAAAGAGGUCCAAUCAGGUGACAAUAGUGUCAUAAGCAAUAUGCGCAGUUUCACAUAUAAAGAGCUUGAACUAGCCACAAAUGGAUUCAAGGAAGAGCUAGGAAGGGGUGCUUUUGCAAUAGUUUACAAAGGGGUAGUUCAGAUGUCAUCUUCAAAUAUACUAGUUGCAGUGAAAAAAUUAGAUAGGGUGGUCCAAGAAGGUGACAAGGAAUUCAAAACUGAAGUUAAUGUCAUUGCUCAAACUCAUCAAAAGAAUUUAGUGCGGCUGCUUGGAUAUUGUGAUGAAGGAGAAAAUCGUCUACUCAUUUAUGAGUAUAUGGUAAAUGGAACUUUAGCAAGCUUCAUUUUCGGAGAUGUGAAGCCUAGUUGGAGAGAAAGGAAAAUUAUAGGCUUGGGAAUCGCAAAGGGACUGGCAUAUCUCCAUGACGAAUGCAGCAAACAGAUAAUCCACUGUGACAUAAAGCCACAGAACAUUCUCUUGGACGAAUAUUACAAUGCUCGGAUUUCUGAUUUCGGGUUGGCAAAACUCUUGAUGAUGGACCAGAGUAGAACAAAUACUGGAAUCAGGGGAACAAAAGGGUAUGUUGCCCCUGAAUGGUUCAGAAACACCCCUAUCACUGUAAAAGUUGAUGUAUACAGUUUUGGUGUUCUACUGCUGGAGAUCAUAUGUUGUCGAAGAAGCGUUGAUGAUUCAGAAAAUGGAGAAGUAGCUAUUUUAACAGAUUGGGUUUGGGAUUGUUUCGAGGAAGGGAAACUGGAGAAGAUAGUAGAAAAUAAGGACGACAUGUUAGACGACUGGGAGAAGCUAGAGAGGUUUGUGAUGGUUGGGAUUUGGUGUAUUCAAGAGGAUCCAUCUUUGAGACCAAGCAUGAAGCAGGUUAUCCUGAUGCUAGAAGGAGUUAUUGAUGUUGCUAAGCCCCCAUGUCCUUCUCCAUUCUCUGUAGCUACUAGCUAAUUGUGUCAGCUACUUUCACUCUUCUAAUAUAUACUCGCGUCUGUCAAUUCCUUGUUCUGCAUUACAGUCUCGAACUUGUAAAUGUUGAAUGAUAGUAUACGAAUAAUUUGCAUUCAGAAAAUCUUUCCAUUGUAA